UCAGGGAGGGAAACUAAAUAUGUCCCUCAUACACUCACACACACUCCACAUCUUGAUUCUGGUCUCAGGACUUUCCCUGGGGGGUGUGACCAAAGGUUAUUAUUAGUGUCUGUCUCAACCGUCUUUCUCUCUCUCAAUCUCCUGUAUCCUUCUCAUAUCUCUCCUUCCCUAUCUACUUUCUCCUCUGUCUGUCUCUUUGCUUCUCUGUUCUGUCUUCAUUGGUUCAUCUAAUCUGUCUUUUCCUCUCAUCUUGUUUCAUUCGUACUUCACUCUCUUACUUUUGUCUCUUCUCUGCCAUUGUCCUUUUGUUUUCCCUUCCCUCUGUUUACUUUCUGUCGUCCUCACUCUUAUAUUAGUUCUGUCUUCCUCACUCUUAUAUUAGUUCUGUCUUCCUCACUCUUAUAUUAGUUCUGUCUUCCUCACUCUUAUAUUAGUUCUGUCUUUCUCACUCUUAUAUUAGUUCUGUCUUCCUCUGCACUGCUUCAGUCAUCUUUCCUUUUCCUGUUUCACUGUUUGGACUUUAUCCUUCCUUCUUCGCUGUCUUCUUUACCUACACUGUAUCUUCCUCUCCCCUCUUUCCCUUAUCUUCUUAAUUCCCCCUCUCUCUGUUCUGAGUUAUGGGGAAGACAGAGUUGUACUCUGUGUAUAAGAGCUUUCUGGACUGUCUCUGCCUCUCUCGGAGCAGCAGUGGGGGGCCAGGGAAGAAUGAGAAGGACCCUGACGAUGGUCACCUGGCCUACCAGAAUGGAGACGUUCUACAAGAGAGAUAUGAGGUUAUCAGUCUGUUGGGAGAGGGCACCUUUGGGAAGGUGGUGACGUGUGUGGACCGGCGCAGGUCUGGGGCACGUGUAGCUCUGAAGAUCAUUAAGAACAUGGAGAAGUACAGACAAGCUGCUAAACUGGAGAUCAAUGUCCUGGAGAAAAUCAACGAGAAAGACCCACACAACAAACAUCAAUGUGUUCAGAUGCUGGACUGGUUUGACUACCAUGGUCAUGUGUGUAUCUCCAUGGAGCUGCUAGCCCUCAGCACUUUUGACUUCCUGAAGGAGAACAACUUCCUGCCGUACUGUAUGGAUCACAUCCGCCAGAUGGCCUACCAGAUCUGCCUCGCUGUCAACUGUGAGUGUAAGGGGGAUGAGAGGAAAGUGAAGGAUACAACAGUAAGGCUGGUGGAUUUUGGCAGUGCCACGUUUGACCACGAACACCACAGCACCAUCAUAUCUACACGCCACUACCGUGCUCCUGAAGUUAUUCUGGAGCUGGGCUGGAGUCAUCCGUGUGAUGUCUGGAGUAUCGGCUGCAUCCUGUUUGAGUACUAUGAAGGCUUCACCCUAUAUCAGACCCAUGACAACCAGGAGCACCUGGCCAUGAUGGAGAGAGUACGGGGACCUCUCCCCUCUACGAUGAUCUGCAAGACCAGGAAGCAGAAGUAUUUUCACUGCAGGCGUCUAGACUGGAACGAUAACUCCAAGGCAGGACGAUUCGUCAAAGACCACAUUAAACCUCUAUGGAGAUACCGGUUAUCAGAAGCAAAGGAGCAUCAUCAGUUCUUUGACCUGUUGGAGAAGAUGCUGGAGUACGAGCCCUCCAAAUGCCUCUAUCUCUCCUCCUCCCUCCGCCACUCCUUCUUCCUACCACUCUGUAGGGGCAGCAAGGCUUGGGAGAGCACGCGGAACAUCUGCCGAUGACCCCUGACCUUUAACCCUUGACAUGGAUGCGAGGAAGGACAGCCCAACCAUGUCAUACAACGUGCUGUUGUAAUCUGUCAGGAAGUCGUGCUUUGUGACAAACUGGUGUCCGGAAUCCCUGUGUAUUAUGAGGGAAAUAGGCUAAUCUGACCUCAGUGUUUGGGGCAAAUGUAUCAUUCUCCACCUUGAGAGAGUCUGUCACUUCCCUUUAGGGUUUGAUUCAGUGGAGGCUGCAGAGGGGAGGACAGGCUCAUAAUAAUUGCGGGAACGGAGUGAAUGGAAUGUAAUUUGAUAUCAUUCUACUCAUUUCGCUCCAGCCAUUACCAAGAGUCCGUCCUCCUUACUUAGGGUGACACCAAUCUCCUGUGGUUUGAAUGGCAGUCUCCUUAUGCUGAUUGACAGAUUCGCUGCACAGUGGAGGCGGGCCUAGUGGCAGUGAAACAUGCAUUAUGUAUGUAGAGCACACUGUUUUAACUGCAGCAUAACAUUACACACACACACACACACACACACACACACACACACAUUUAUUUUUGUAACACUAACUGGAGAUAUUGGUGGAAUGACUUGAAUAAAUGGUUUAUUUAUGGUGCUAUAAUAA